UCCUCCGCUUCGAAACCCCCGACGCGAAGGAAGCGAGAGAGAGAGGAGACGAAACCCUCGCGCGAGCCGCCGCCGCCUCCGGCCAUCAGCCGCGCACCCUUCCCCGCCGCCGCGGUCGCCGAAUCCGGUCGUGUCGGGGGCUCGGAGUCGCCCUUCCCUUACCGCUGAUCGAAUCCUCGAGGGAGCAAUGGCUGUCGUGGCGUGGUGUGGGAUGAGGACGUGACGAGGGAGCGAUGGUAGGGAUGGAAGGGAAGGGGGAUGCAUCGGUGACACCAGUGAGGACUAGUGACCGGCUGCGUAAGCGGCCCAAGUACUUCGGUCGCAACUAUAUGUACUACAAUCCAGCCAUACGCAAGAAGAUGAAGUCUAAGAAGCGAGCGGCUGCAUCACAGAUCGCCAAGAAGCUGCUUCGCAAGUCAGCUGCGAGGGCACCGCCUGCUGAUUCUAUUGCAGCUAAUCUACGUCGUUCAACACGAAAGCGAAGAAUGUCUGUAAAUCUGGAGGACUAUGACACUGAUAGUUCUAGUAUGGAAGAUGAUGAUCUUAUGAGGCCCAGAUAUCGUUCUUCAAAGAAUAAAGUGGACGACGAAGUGUCAGCUCGGCCAAAGCGCAAGAAAUUAUCUAACUCUAGUUCCAUUCCUCGCCGUGAGGGCUUACGGCCUAGAAGGUCUAUCCGAGGUCAAAGACUUCAUCCAUACCAAGAAUCUGAGGAUGACCAGGAAAGCUCUGAAGAACAGCCUGCACAAGAUAGGAGAGAGAAUGGUAAUGAUAUCGAAGAGGAUGGCAAUGAGGAGGAGGAGGUUGAUGGAGGUGAUGAAGCUGAAGCAGAUGGCGAUGAUGAAGAUGGUGAGGAAGAGCAAGAAGGGAGGAGGAGAUAUGACCUCAGGGAUCGUUCAGAAGUUCGUAGGCCAUCCCCACAUAAGGAAGGGAAGCACAGAACACAAUCACCCCGUAGAGUACUAGUACAUGGAAUUGGUCAAAAGAACAGCAAAUAUUUGAAAAAGGGUGGUUCACGCAUACAUAAGCGCCCUCGAUUCUCUUUGCCAGAUGAUUCAGAUGAUUCUCUUCUUGUUGACGAGCCAGAUGAAGGUCCAUCUAUGCCAUGGAUGCGUAGUGGUAGAGGGGGCAUGCCAUGGUUUUUGGGUGGAUUGGACAUGCAUAGUCCAGGAGCAUGGGGUCUGAAUGUUGGAGCUUCCGGUUGGGGUCAUCAGGGUGACAGUGCAGUUGGUACUUCUUCACUUAUGCCAGGGAUCCAAACUGCUGGACCAAGUUCCAAGGGAGGUGCUGAUAUUCAACCUCUCCAAGUUGAUGAGAGUGUGAGUUUUAAUGAUAUAGGGGGCCUGUCCGAGUACAUUGAUGCAUUAAAGGAAAUGGUUUUCUUCCCUUUGCUUUAUCCAGAUUUUUUUGCAAAUUAUCACAUUACUCCUCCUAGGGGUGUUCUUCUCUGUGGCCCUCCUGGUACAGGGAAGACACUGAUUGCUCGCGCCUUAGCAUGUGCUGCCUCUAAAGCUGGUCAGAAGGUUAGCUUUUAUAUGAGAAAAGGAGCUGAUGUUCUUAGCAAGUGGGUUGGAGAGGCUGAAAGGCAGCUCAAGCUACUUUUUGAGGAAGCUCAAAAGAAUCAGCCAUCAAUCAUAUUUUUUGACGAAAUAGAUGGUUUGGCACCUGUGAGGUCGAGCAAGCAAGAGCAGAUCCAUAAUUCAAUUGUUUCUACAUUGCUUGCUUUGAUGGAUGGGCUCGAUUCACGUGGGCAAGUUGUUUUGAUUGGAGCAACAAACCGAAUUGAUGCCAUUGAUGGAGCAUUACGUAGGCCUGGACGAUUUGAUCGUGAGUUCUAUUUUCCUCUACCUGGUUAUGAGGCACGGACUGAAAUACUGGAUAUUCAUACACGGAAAUGGAAGGAUCCUCCGCCAAAGGAACUAAAGAUGGAACUUGCUGCAAGCUGUGUGGGGUAUUGUGGAGCUGAUUUGAAGGCUUUAUGUACAGAGGCUGCUAUUCGAGCAUUUAGGGAGAAGUAUCCUCAGGUCUACACAAGUGACGAUAAGUUUGUCAUUGAUGUUGAUUCGGUCAGGGUUGAGAAGUACCACUUCUUGGAAGCUAUGUCUACAAUAACUCCCGCGGCACAUAGGGGAUCAAUUGUGCAUUCAAGGCCGCUGUCACCAGUUAUUGCUCCUUGUCUAAAAAGGCAUCUUGAAAAGAUAAUGGAAAGAAUUGCUGACAUUUUUCCUUUCCUUUCGUCAGUAGAUGUUAGCAAGUUCGCCACUCUUUCCUAUGGAUCAUCCAUCCCUCUUGUUUAUAGGCCUCGCCUUUUAAUGUGCGGUGGUGAGAGUGUUGGGCUGGAUCAUGUUGGACCAGCUGUUUUGCAUGAACUUGAGAAAUUUUCUGUUCAUUCCUUGGGGCUUCCAUCUCUUCUGUCUGAUCCAAGUGCAAAGACACCUGAAGAAGCUCUUGUGCACAUUUUUGGGGAAGCUAGGAGAACAACACCUUCCAUACUCUACUUGCCUCAGUUUCAUCUUUGGUGGGAUACGGCACAUGAACCACUGAAGGCUGUUUUAUUGACUCUGUUGAAUGAGUUGCCAUCAAACCUUCCAGUUUUGUUGCUGGGAACCUCAUCAGUGGCCUUCAGUGACCUUGAAGAAGAGUGUGCUUCCAUAUUUUCUUCUCGUAACAUAUACGAAGUGGAUCAACCAAGUGAUGAUGACAGAAUGAGAUACUUCCAUGUACUGUUUGAUUCAUUACUUUCAUUUCAAACGGAGGAGUCUAGGAAUAAAUCUAAAGAUCAGAAGUCUUCUGUUGAUCUUCCCAAAGUACCAAAGGAAGUGGAGGGACCCAAGCUUUCAGAGCUAAAAGCGAAGGCAGAAUCAGAACAACAUGCUGUUCGUCGGAUGAGAAUGUGUCUUCGAGAUAUUUGUAACCGCGUUCUGUACAACAAAAGGUUCAAUGUAUUCCACUUCCCAGUAUCAGAAGAGGAAGUUCCUGACUAUAGAUCCGUAGUUCACAAUCCCAUGGAUAUGGCUACAGUCUUGCAGCAGGUGGACUCUGGGCAGUACCUUACUCGGGCAUCAUUUAUGAAGGACAUCGAUCUUAUAGUCAUGAAUGCAAAGACAUAUAAUGGGAGUGACUACAAUGGAUCUCGUAUUGUUAGUAGAGCAUGCGAACUACGAGAUGUGGUGCAAGGAAUGUUGUCACAGAUGGACCCAUCUUUGGUGUCCUUUUGUGAUAAAAUUGCGGAACAGGGGGGACCACUACAGGUUAUGGAUGAUGGAGAUAGCUCUAUCCUUCAAGCGGUGCCUGUUGCUCAGCUGGUUUCUGGUACUAGGAUGAGCGCAAGGCUUCGUAAUGUACAACCAGAAGUAAAUUUAUCACAAAGUUAUGAGGUGUUAAAGCGGCAGAAGAAAAGCACCGAAAAUGAACAAGGCAUGAUUAAAGAAUCAGCAACAAGAGACGAAAAGUCUCCUGGUGAUGUGGAUUUAUCGAAGCCGAUGUUCCCAGAAGAAGCUCCAAAAGAACCAGAUUCAAAUGGCGAUCUGAAAGAAACUGACAACCCACCAACUGAAGUACAAGAAUUGCCUGAUGUUGCUCCUGAACCCAUGAUAACUGACAACGGUGAAGACGUUGCCAUGCCUGCUAGCGACGACAUACCUGAGCAGCUGGAUGUCGUGAAGCGACGCUUCAUGGAGCUCACCGCAGGCUAUGGCGUGCCACAGCUCGAAAGGCUGUACACCCGGGUGAUGAAAGGCAUGAUAGAAUUGAGUGGUAAAGAAAGCAAUGAGGAUCAUAGGCGGUUAGUCGUUAGGUAUUUGUUGACAUUUGUUGAGAACAGCGACAAUUUUUAACUCGGAACGGUAAUAAGAUUCUUGUUCCCCGAUGUACAUUCUCUUGGCCACAAAGAAUAGUAGUGGAACACCCCCGAUGAGAGCCACCCCUGCUUCCUUUAUUGUAACAAAGUUGUAACAAACUACCAGAUGCUCAGCGUGUCAGUGACACAGUUUUGCCAUGGAUGUUUGUAGCCUUGUAGAUUAAAUCCUGAUCAAUUUCAGCAUCUUGUAAUGUGAUGGAUGAUGUACCUCUCUUUGCACAAAUAUAUCAGCAAUGUUUCUCAAUUU